UCCUGUUUGUUUGCUUUUCUCCUACUACUGUGUAAUUGUGCCUUCGCUCGCCCUCUGUGGUCCUUUACGAGACUCUCGACUUUUUUCUUCCAUACUCCUUUCUCAAAAGGAGAAAGAAACUCGUGGGGAGUGACCGUCCCUCCCUCUUCUUUCUCUUCUCCUGGCCCCAAACCAGAAGCAAGAGCUGUCAGGUCUAAGGAAAGGCAAAAACUACUGAAGAAUGGACAGUGAGGUACAGAGGGAUGGAAGAAUUCUGGAUUUGAUUGAUGAUGCUUGGAGAGAAGAUAAGCUGCCCUAUGAAGAUGUUGCAAUACCACUGAAUGAGCUUCCUGAACCAGAACAAGACAAUGGUGGCACAACGGAAUCUGUCAAAGAACAAGAAAUGAAGUGGACUGACUUAGCUUUGCAGUAUCUACAUGAAAACAUUCCCCCAGCAGGAAAUUAAGUGUUUAUCUUUCAUGGACAGAUGAUUUUAUGAUCAAAAUGUUUUCUUAUAGAUCCCCAACUAAAGCUGUGAGCCACCACUUUAAACAACUGAUUCUUGUCAGCAAAGUCAUCUGAAAAUAUUUAUUCAUGAAGAGAUAACUAAUAGCAAUUGCUUAAUAUUAGAGAAUUUUAACAAAUAUUUAGCUCCAUGGGCCUAAAUCUCUUCAUUAACUUGUCUUAAACUUAAAACAUUCACCUAUAACUUUGGUUUUGAUCCUGCUACAGUUUAAUUUACCUUUAUAUCUUCUUCAACAGUAGAGUCAAAUGAGAAAGAUGAAACAGGUAACUGAAAAAACUAUGUCAAUUUACUGUACUUUGCCUUGCUUCUCUGCUUAAUGCCAUAAGACAAAUGGCCUUAGGUAUGAAAAGCUGAUGAGUCUAUGUUGCAAACCUACAUUAGAAGAAGGGAAUACAAUUUUAUAGUAUUACCUCAAGUGUAAAAUUAGCUAGAUAGGGUACUGCCUCUGCUUUAGUCAUGUAUUCUGAGUUAAAGUGUUUAGAAUAUCAAUGUCAUUAAUAUGGAAAUAACUUAUUCACAAA